AUGCUUGCUUUGCUCUGCUUUGUUUAGAUAAAAAUAUCCAGGGGGAGAGACAGAGAAACCAAUUUCUCGUGAGCGACAGAUAAUAAAACAUAGACAAAAAGGAAAGCAAAGGAAAAUUAAUAAUGAGCAAUAAAUAUAUAUAUAUGUAUGUUUCCACUCACUCGUAUAUAUUUUAGGAGAAGACACACGUCCAUCGCGCUCUCCUCUGCAUUCUAGACUAUACCAGCUCUCUCUCUCUCUGCUCUGCCUCUCAACUCAACUCAACACUACUCCUUCAUCCAAUUCCACCGCUCUCAUCACUUAUAUGAUAUCCUUCAAUUUCUCUUCUUCAUUUCAGUUUCUUCGGAAUUGAAUGUAUUUCUAGCACCAGUGAUAGGACUGUGGGGAAGAUCGGCGCAAAUCUCGAAUUUUUGUGAGAAGGUUUGCUUUUUUAUAUAUUGAAGAUCUUCUAUCCAUACUUGUUUUUUAUAUAGUUAUUUUAGACAAACUACAAUAGCAAUGGCUUCACCUACUCUUGACUCACCCUGGCCAUCCUCACCUAGCGAUUCAUUUUGUGGAUCUUUCAAUAUACGUAUAGAGGGAGAGAUUCCGGACGAAAUUUUACCUGUUCUGGAAGACCCAACCUCUUCUGUGUCCUAUAACCAUAAUAUCCCAAAACCUCCUCCUCCUGUCCCUAGUAAAAUCUAUUCAUGGAACAAAUAUUUCAAAAGGCUUUCACGGAGUUGCUCUGUCCCAAAGGAAACAAUGGAUACCUGGGACAAGCUUUUUAAAGAUGGAUAUGGUGCUGAUGUCUAUAUUUUCUCCGAGGAUGAAUCAUAUAUUCCAGCUCAUUUUAGUGUUCUGAGCAUUGCAUCACCGGUGCUAGGUAAUUUCUUGCAGCAAUCAAAAGUUAAAAAUGGCAUGAGAUACAUUAAGAUCCCUGGGGUACCUUAUGAAGCUGUCUACACGUUCAUUCGUUUUCUUUACUCAUCCUGCUAUGAAAAGGAAGAGAUGAAGAAAUUUGUUCUCCAAUUGUUGGUUUUGUCACACUCCUACUCAGUUCCAUCACUGAAAAGAGUUUGUAUAUAUCUUCUUGAGCAAGGAUGGCUAAGCAAAGAAAACGUGGUUGAUGUGCUUCAAUUGGCGAGGAACUGUGAUGCACCACGUCUCUCCUUAAUUUGUGUUCGUAUGGUUGUGAAGGACUUUAAAGCCAUAUCAUCAACUGAAGGCUGGAAAGUGAUGAAGCAAGUUAAUCCUGCACUUGAACAAGAGCUGCUAGAGUCUGUCGUUGAAGCAGAUUCUAGGAAAGAAGAGAGGUUGAAGAAAAAGGAAGAGAGAAAAGUGUACGUGCAACUGUACGAGGCAAUGGAAGCCCUUCUUCACAUAUGCAAGGAUGGAUGUAGGACCAUAGGUCCCCGUGACAAGGUGUUCAGAGGAAGCCAGGUUGCUUGUGAUUUUCCUGCUUGCAAGGGGCUUGAGACCUUAGUUCGUCAUUUUUCCAGCUGUAAAACCCGGGUACCUGGUGGAUGUGCUCACUGCAAGCGCAUGUGGCAGCUUCUUGAACUGCAUUCUCGUAUUUGUGAUGAGCCAGAUUCAUGCAAGGUCCCUUUGUGUAGGCAUUUCAAGGAAAAAAUGCAGCAGCAGACCAAGAAAGAUGAAGCUAAAUGGAAGUUGUUGGUGAGUAAGGUGGUAGCAGCAAAGCUGGGACCAAUCUCAGGUCGGCGUGCAAGUUUCUUAUGACCUCUGGCAUUUCAAAGCAAAAUGUAUCAAUUGAAGAAUGAUUUAUCGUAUCUUUUUUAUUUAUCAAUUAAAUUUAAACGUAUCGAGAAUCGUCUGUUUCUUUUGUGGGGUAGGGGUGUCAAGUAAACGUAAUAAGCAUAUGAUUUCUGACUGAGGCUAUUGACUUGGCCUCUCACCAUCACUUCCUUUAUCGUUUUUCUUGUAAGCCCCAUUGGAGGGAUUUCAAAUAGAUGAGGAGUAUGAGAUUUUUGGCAUGUUCA